AUUGGUAAGCCAUACUUGCAGUAAGGGCAACUACUUAAGGGCAUCUUCUGAUCUUCUACUUAUAUCAUCCUCCUCUCCCUGCUCUCCUUCCCUCUCCCUCUCCCUCUCCAGCCUUCCUGUUACGGCGACAAAACCAGCAUUCCCCAUAUUCUAAUGGCAGAUACGACGGAGAACGUAAGAUACGAAGAGGAAUGCAUCAUCAACCGGCGAGGGCUGAAGCUCUUCACCUGCAGAUGGCUGCCCAGAAACCAGGAGCCCAGAGGCCUCGUCUUUCUCUGCCAUGGUUAUGCUAUGGAAUGCAGCAUCUCCAUGAAAGGUACUGCAAUAAGGUUAGCAGAAGCAGGGCUGGCGGUGUAUGGAAUAGACUAUGAGGGCCAUGGAAAAUCAUCAGGCUUGCAGGGAUUGGUCUCUAGUUUUGAUCAAGUUGUUGGUGAUUGUUGUGAUUUCUUCGCGACCGUCGCCGAGAGGAAGGAGAACAAGGAGAAGAAGAGGUUCCUGUUGGGCGAGUCCAUGGGUGGUGCAGUCGCCCUUCUUGUGCACAAGAGGCAGCCUUCGUUUUGGGAUGGUGCAAUUCUGGUUGCACCCAUGUGCAAGAUAGCCGACGACAUGAAGCCGAAUGCUUUGUUAAUCAGCAUUUCCGCGAAGCUAUGCAAGAUCAUCCCUACAUGGAAGAUUGUCCCCACUAAGAACAUCAUAAAUGUAGCAAUAAAAGAGCCAAAGAGAAGAGAAGAGGUUCGUUCCAAUCGAUAUUGUUACAAGGGAAGGCCUCGGUUAAAGACUGGGCAUGAGCUCUUGAAGAUUAGCUUGCAAAUAGAGAAGAGUCUCCAUGAGGUAUCACUGCCCUUCUUGGUAGUACAUGGUCAGGAGGACCAAGUAACUGACCCUUCAGUCAGCAAGCUCCUAUAUGAGUCUGCAUCAAGCACAGACAAGACCCUAAGGCUUUAUCCCGGGAUGUGGCAUGCACUGACCUCCGGCGAGCCACCGGAAAACAUUGGGCUCGUCUUCUCCGACAUAAUCAACUGGUUGGACCAGCAAAUCGCACAAGGAAACUCAAGGCUAGACAGUGAUCACCACAAGACGGACUACGGUGACCCGGACUCGAGCCUACUGGUACCGAGGUUGACCUUGUCGCUUGCCGGCUCACUCAGUCUAAAAGGGAGAUGACCAUGCAAACAUUGUAUAUAACUAAUAAUAUGGGACUCAACUUAGAGUGUAGUUAUAGUUUCUUGCCUUAGGCAUACAACAUUUGUUUCCUGUUGUACCUGCUUGUGCCCUGUUUCUCCACAUCACAUUAGUGCCAAGGUGUCUAAAAGGCACCAAAUCAAGUAAGCGCCUAAUAAGAUGAAGAAAUGAACCAAAGGGAGUAAAUUUAUGUCAAUUCUAAACAACCAUAGCUGUAUAAACCAAAUGGAGUAAUGAUGUGGGCCACAUAUUACCUCA